AUGUGGUUUGGGCAAAUUGUAAUUGGGCCACCCGGAUCAGGGAAAUCAACAUAUGUUGCAGGAAUACAACAUAUAUUAAAACAAAUAAAUAGAAAAUUGUUAAUAAUAAAUUUAGAUCCGUUCAUAGAAGAUAAUAUAUAUAAAGCCGAUAUAAAUAUAACAGAGCUAAUUGACAUCAAUAAAAUAUUCACUGAAUUAGAGUUGGGGCCAAAUGGAACAUUAAUUUAUUGUAUGGAAUAUUUAUUAGCUAAUUUUGAUUGGCUAGAAGAAAAAUUAAAUAAACAACCAGACUGUUAUUUAAUUAUCGAUACACCCGGGCAAGUAGAAUUAUAUACACAUAAUGAUGCAUUAAGAAAUAUAAUUUUAAAAUUAGUAAAACUUAAUUGUAGAUUAACAUCAGUACAUAUUGUUGAUAGCACAUUAUGCUCCGAUAACUAUAAAUAUAUUAGUGCACUAUUAUUAUCUUUAUGUAGUCAAAUACAUUUAGAAUUACCACAUGUUAAUGUUUUUUCAAAAAUCGAUUUAUUAAAAUAUUUUAAGAAUGAUUUAAAUUUUCCUCUUAAUUAUUAUGUUGAAGCACAAAACUUAAAUCAACUUAUGCUUUAUGCAAAAUAUCAAAAUUUAUCAUCUUCAGAUUCAGAAAAAAGUAUAGAUUUUAUGGAUAAUGUAAAAAAAGAUAUUAAUGAUGGGCAUAUAAAAAAUGCUAAAAAAAAUUAUAGUAAAUUUUCUAAUAAAUAUAUAAAAUUAAAUGAAUAUAUAUGUGAAACAGUUGAAGAUUACAACUUAAUUAAUUUUGCUUUAUUAGAUAUUCAAGAUAAAUAUAGUGUUCUCAAAUUAUUAAAAAUAAUAGAUGGAGCUAACGGGUUCAGAUUCAGUUCCAUCUAUUCAGAAUAUUCUUUAUUUGAUACAUAUGUUGAAUCUAUUGAAUAUGAUUGUGAUGAAAUUCAAGAAAAAUUUAUUGACGUUUCUGAUGAUGAUUUUCAAACUCAACCUCCUCCUAAUACAAAUAAUAUCUAG